CUCAUGUAGAAUAUUACUAUCUAUUCUAUCCAUUCCCCAUAAAAGCGGAAAUAAAAUCGCCAUGGCACUCAAGUCAGCAUUAAUCAGCCAGACUUGCUAGUAAGCUUAUUUGUCAGCUACUUCUUCCAUCGUUCUCCAUAUAUACCUACCGCGAUUCCCAGUACUAUUCUACAUUUAUUCCUAUCCAAUCCAAUCUAAUCCAACCCUAAAUAACCACCCCUCACUAGUACAACCAUAACCAUGGAUCUCACCACCUCAACCUCAUCCACCCCCACCACCCCCGAACCCAUCACCGGCAGCUGCCUCUGCGGCGGCAUCCAAUACGAAGUAACCGGCGAACCCAUGAAACGAGUAAUGUGCCACUGCGAAAACUGCCGGAAAUUCACAGGGUCCAGCUUCAUGGCCAACAGCUUUAUGAAAGAAUCUCAACUAACCAUCAAAUCCGGCGAAUCACUCAUCCAAAGCUUCAAAGACACGAAAGUGGACUCCGGAAGUACAUUGGAACGACGCUUCUGUCGCGUCUGUGGAUCCCCCGUGUAUGUGACGAGUAGUCGGGCCGAGGGGUUUGUGGUUGUGCCGUCUGGCACGAUGGAUGGGGAGGCGGGCAGGAAGUGGAGGCCUGAGGUCGAGUUUUGGUGUAAGGCGAGGAGGGAGUAUUUGCCUGUGGUGGAGGGGACGCAGGUUUUGGAGACGCAUUAGUGGUUGUCUCUCUGAGGGUUGGGGUUGGUUGUGGAUUAUUGGUAGAGAGGAGGGGUGAUUGGAGGGCGUUGUGAGUGAGAGAUGAUAUCCUUGGUUUUUGUUCUUUUUUUUUUUUGGGAGAGUGGAGUGUGUAUAGAUGGUUAGUAUACUCGAGAUUGAUGUUGCCAUAUCUUGGAAAUACGACUUCAGAAAUAUCAAUAGAG